AAUUUCAUUGCCCGGCACACAAAAGAAUCAUAUUUCUCAUUUUAAUAUCAUGUUUUUUUCGUAACCUUUCUAAAACCGACACACGAGUUUGAACAAAUUUAAGACUAAAUACCUUGGCAUGACCAAACUCAUUCCUUGACAAUGAAAGGGAAAAAUAUUAAAAUAGUGAUGCCAGAUCAGAAAGCUUCGAAACUUCUCUCUUAAAUUUGCUGUUCAGCUAUGUAACAAUAUAUAGAUUUUUUUUAAAAUGGUUUCAUUAUAGAGAGGCUGAGAUUAGGGAAUCGAUUCAUUUGAUAUUUGAAACUAAAAUAAUAUAUUCAGAGAAACCAUAAUAUGAAAGAUAGUUUUAUGCAACAUGCAAAACAGCUGCCAGUCCUGACAUAGAAGGUAGCCCGAAAGCAGCAGAAUCAAGCCAAACAAAAUAGAAAAAUAAAUAAACAAAUAAAAUGGCAUUCCCUCAAGUAAUAAGAGACAGUUGUCGUACUACCCCUGCGGGUUUGCCCACCUGCUUUGAUGGCAGCAUUUAUUUUUUAACACCUGCCUCACGUGAUUUCUCAAAUCAGAUCUAGUUGAAAACAAUAUUACUUUCUGCACUCAAAUUUAUAAGAAAUAGAAGAUUACCAUUAAUUCAUCAUUUUUCUAUUUAUCCUACUAAAAGCGCCGAUUUUGGUUUUGGUUGAUCAGCUUGGGAGUUUCACGGCCACCGCCGUCGCAAACGAUAAUUAUAGGUUUUGGAAUAAAAAAUGGGCUUAAAACACACACUGUCAUCGGCAUAAAUAAUUCAAGAGGCUUUUGUCAAUUGUGGCAACAGGGUCUUGAAAAUGUUCCCAGCGGCAGCAAAUUAUGUUCUCAAAAGUUAACUAUUCCAACCCCAAGAAUGGACACAUACCGAUUUUCAAUGGCCAAUAUGGAAGAUAGCCAAGACGUGGAGCUAGACGCCAUUUUAGGCGAAUUAUGUGCUUUGGAAGACAAGCUGGAUCGAGAAAUGAUGCCUAAGAGCCAGUCUGCCAAUCAAGCCUUAAGCAACGCGUGGGCCAAUUCCAGACAGCCGAGCGGUAAUGUUCCCAGUCAGAGCAACACUAGGAAUCAGAUAGAGUCCAAAAUUAGCUCUGGUCACAGCAGGUCCAAUUCAGGGGGUGGAACAAGACCUAAAUUUGAAAUUGGAGGUCUACAGGUGGAUAUGUAUUCGGAAGAGUUCCUUCGAGCUCAAAAAAGUGACUUGAGUCUUAGAACAGAAAGCCCUGACAAUGAUUCUGCCUUCUCCGACAACGUCUCCAUGUUAUCCUCCGAAUCUUCAGCAUCCUCAGGAGGGGUAAGGGGUGAAGGAGGACACUCCAGUAGAAGCAUGUCCUCGCAAAGCAGCUGUAUGUCUCUCGCCUCCUCCCCCACUCAGGUUGAACAAGCUGCUCGCUUAAAAGCUGAAAAAAUUAAAAUAGCUUUGGAAAAGAUGAAAGAAGCAAGUAUUAAAAAGCUGUUUAUAAAAGCAUUUAGUGCUGAUAACAGCGCUAAGAGUCUACUUAUAGACGAGCGCAUGACAGUGGGCCAUGUUUGCAAACUGCUAGUAGAAAAGAACCAUGUUUCCAUGGAUCCUAAAUGGGCACUGGUGGAACAGAUACCAGAGUUAUAUAUAGAGCGGGUUUAUGAAGAUCAUGAACAUGUGGUUGAAAAUUUGCUCUUAUGGACAAGAGACUCUUGUAAUCGUCUGUUUUUUCUUGAAAGAAAAGAAAAAUAUGAUCUCUUUUUGAAUCCACAGAAUUACCUCUUAGGGUGUAGCUCUUCAGAAAAGAAUGUAGAAUUAGACGAUGAUGCGAAAACUUGCCUGUUAGAUGAAUAUUUUUCUAUGUCAAACAUUGGAGUUCCUGAAGUAGAAGGUUCUCUUUAUUUAAAAAGUGAAGGAAAGAAAGCUUGGAAGAAACAUUUCUUUGUUUUACGAGCAUCUGGGCUUUAUUAUUGUCCUAAAGGAAAAUCAAAACUCUCGAAAGAUUUACUUUGCCUGACAACCUUUGACAUGAACAAUGUUUACUUAGGGUUUGGAUGGAAGAAAAAAUACAAGUCUCCCACAGAUUAUGGAUUUGCUAUUAAACAUCCGCAAAUACAGACAAAAUCUUCAAAAUACAUCAAAUACAUGUGUGCAGAAGAUGAAAAAUCUCUUAAACAGUGGGUGAUGGGUAUUCGUAUUGCUAAAUAUGGUCUUCAACUGAAAGAAAACUACGACAUGCUUUUGAGAGAGAUGGCUGAAGAAGAUCUAGAGAAUUUGGCAAAUGCGAGAAGUUUUUCCAUCACUUCUGUUGCCAAGAGCACAGCUGCAAACUCUGACAUAACAGACAGUUCUGGCUACAAUUCUCAGACAUCAGAGAAGAACACAGACAUUGAUCAACUAGAGGAUGAGCUGCCCACUACUUUAGAGAGAUUCCAUAAGCUUCGGGUGAUCAGCCGCCAAGACUCCAUCAAGUCUAGCAAAUCUAGUAAAUCAAACGCCAGCAGCAGCAGUGGUUGCCCAUCUGAAAGAUCAAGUGGCACACCCACAACUGAUCAUUUAGUGUUUGAUACGGAUUUCCCAAUGGGUACAAUCAAAAGAAAACCAAGUAUGACUCCUAAAAUACCCUUGACAAGUACGACACGUAAUCUAGCCAAACAAUCAGGUGAAGAAACAUCUCACUUGGAUGGCAUGAGCAAUGGGAGUGGAAGUGGUGGCAGCAGCUGCAAUGGUAGCUUAAAUGGAAGUCUAGGAAGAUCAACAUGUGGGCGCUUCAGUUUGAGAAGAUCAAAGACUGAUGAUCGCAUAUCUUUUGGCAGCCUGUCUCGAAGAUCACCAAAACAAAGCUUUCAAGACACACCACCUUCUACUUUGAUGCGUGAAGAUUUGCCUUUACCACCUCCACCACUUGAAAUGCCAAAUGGGUCAGAUUGUAUGAAUUUUGACACACUUCCACCACCUCCACCAGAAGCUUUUCGUACCGAUACUCUCCGCUUAGACUCUUUACCACCACCGCCACCAUUGCCCGACGAUGAUACAGAUGUUAACUGGUUAAAUGAAUCUAGUAUCAGUGCUCUUCCUCCUCCACUAUCAUUACAAAAUGAUACUUUUGACAAAACUUCUAGCCCCGAGAAAAACUCUAAAAAGUUAUCACCAGCUGUGCCACCAAAGCCCAGGAAAGGCGUCCGACGCAGGCAGUCGGAGAGUGAUGCCCACGGCACACCACCGCGUCUUUCUCAGCACCAUAACGGACUCAUUGUAGUGAAACCAAAACCUUCUAGACAGAAUAUGAAUUUGGAGUUAUCCGUCUAUGAUUGUGGUGAAUGGACCGAUGCUUCAACACCAGGCUCUCCGCCUUGUAGAAGGACUUCUUAUGCAGACAAUCCGAAACCCCGUGCAUCCUCACGAAGUAGACGAACUAGUGCCCCCUGUGUGCCGGCUCAGUUACAGAUACAUUCUAUAAUAUCUCCAUCAGACGAACCAUCCAAACCAAUGGCUUCUGACAGGAAAUCUAGAUCUCAAUUCAAACCGUCGCCUCCCAAAAGAAGUGAAAAUACUAAGCUUUCGUCAGCUUUCACUGCUCCACAGAGGAGGUCUGCUUCAGCCUCUGCAGCACCCUACGAUCAAGAGGAAUAUCCGCCAGAAUCUUUUCUGCGUAACCUUCAAAAAGUAAUGGUCAAAAAAUGGAAAGUUGCGCAGCAAUUAUCUUCCGACAACUCAGAAGCACCUCACCAAAUUUUAGGAUUUAGGGAUCCAAAUUGUCUGCCCAUGCCCGAAGAAAUUCGUCCUUUACAGAGGUCACCUUCUUCACCCCCUCCUUUACCGACACACGCAGAUAAAAACCACAGGAGGUCUAAUUCUCAGUCUAAGUCUGGUGCUGAAAAACCCAAAGCAGAAGCAAAGCAUUCUAAAAAACAUCCACCUCCACCCCCACCUAAAAGAGCAGAGAAUAAAUCACCGCUGUGGUGAAACAUUCAGAUUCUAUGUAACAAAUUAUGUCAACUAAGAUUAGAAGUGCUCAACUCUGGUGCUGUGAAUAUGCUCAUAUUUGAAAACAAGUACCUUCUUAAAGCUAAAAAAUUCUUUAUAUAAAAUUAUAGGCAAGCAAAUGGUGCAGAUUGUUUAGGAUUCAGUGAUGGUCAAGUCUAGAUCUAUUUAAAUUUCCUAUUCUCAAGACAUAUUUAUUCUCUUUUAUGCAAUCAAUAUUGUUGAUUUCCUAAUAUUAAAAGGAUUGCAUUUUUCUUAGUAUAUGAAACCAACGGUUUAUGAGUUAAGCUAAACUCUCAUAUUUUGUUAAAUGUUGCCCAAUACUACAAAAUUGUAAAAUCAUAUAACUACAAACUUAAAAAAUUUGUUAACUAAUCUACUUAAAAAAUAAAAUGAUCAAUAUGAUUCUCUUCGACCUGUUAAAUAUUUGCUGCUCUUCUCUCGUUUUCUUUUUUUGGUAAGAGGGAAAUUUCCUAAAUUCGGAAUUAGGUAUGAAGGAUUUGUGAAUUUUUAAAAUUCAUCCUCAUGUUCUGUUUCAAUAGUAUUUUUAACGUUUAAUACACUAAACAGUUUAGUUGAAUCUGUUUAUUAACUAAAAUCUUUUUAAAAGAUUUUAGUCAGAUCUCUUAAUUUGGCAGUUAAUAUUCUUCAAAUAAAUGUGCUUUUGGAAAGUUAUUACGUUGCACCCAUUUUAGUUGUGGAAGAGAAAAAAGAUACAUUAAUAUAACAAGACAGGUUAAACAAAUGGGAUUUUUUCAACAAUUAUUGUGAAAUAGAUUGCAAUUGUGAGAAAUAAAGAGUAUACUCUCAAUUUGUCUAUGAUUGCGCACCCACAUUUAACUUAACUGACAUAUAUUAUAGGGAGCCUUACAGAUAUGAGCUUAUCAAACAACGCAUCCAGACAGGAAGAGAGAAAAUUUUAUUUGAUUAAGAGCGAUUGUUUUUUAAUACUUUUGCCUGUGAAACAUCUAUGUUUUCAUUAAUUGUUGCUAGCGCACAUUUAGCAUCUGCUUUGUACUUAUUUAUAUGUUAAAUUAUUUGUGCCAACUCAAUAUAUUCUAGUGACUCCAAUUGGCUGGACCAAUUUAAUUGUAAAUGCAUAUUUCUUUCAAGUGCACGAUUUGUAAAAUAUUGUUAUGUGAUUUUUAAAAAAAAAAAUGACAAAAUUAUUAUGGUUUAUUACAAAUUUUGAUGUUUAACUGGGUUUAAGCACAAGCUGAAAAAAAUGAGCUUACUGUAAGUAUAUAAAUAAAUAUAUAUAUAUAUAUACAAUAAUUGAUAUUUGCAAUUUUAAUAAUGCAUUACAUUAAAGCUAUUGAAGUACAAUGGAUUGUUUAAAUCUUGAUCAAAAUUUAGAAUACAAAAUUUCAUAAACAAAAUUAUCUCUUUAAAAUGCUUUUUAUGAUAGCAUUGACAAUCUGCCAGAAUCAAUCUAAUGAUUUUAAAAUUGAACCUACAAAAACUGUUAAAAUUGUAUAGUUGCAUUAUCACAUUUAUGAAUUGUUGUUAUGAAAUAUAUCAUUAACUUCUUUUGUAGUUCAUAGUUUGAAAAUAUGUGUAUGUAUGUAAUAUUGCAAUAAAAUUAUACAUCAUUUCUGAAA